UAAAUGUCAAGAGGUUCUAUAUUCAUCAGCGAGAGCGAUUGCGAAUUGUUCUGCAACAACGCAGCCGACGAGUGUCAAAGCUAACGGAUUGCUUUAACGCAGGUUUGCCGAACAAGAAUCAAGACGUGGUGGAUUCACAAAUUGACCGAGCAACCUGUGUCAUCUUGCGUGGCUCAUUACUCCUUGUGUUGUUUUUUCCGGUACGGAACACAUCUCUCCUCCUUCCCGCUUCUGUCUCUUUCUCUCUUUCACACCAUACGUCUGACAAGUGACAACGUCAGAAAAGAGUAGUUUACUUUCAAAUUAAAGUGAAUUCGAUGCACCGUAAUACACGACAAAUGUGUGCAAGUGGUUAUGUUUAACUAUAAUUAUAUCAGCGAUGAAGAAAUGGAAUCUAGCAGCGAGGAAAGCGACAGCACCGGUCGUCGCGUAAGAGUUUUAGUCUCACAAUUUAACCACAAAUUUUGAAGUUAAGAGGAACUGCAGACUAUCUAGACGUGUCGGACGAUAGUUCAGAUUCGUUCAGUAUGGAUGAAAUACCAGUGCCUAUAAACAAUACAUUUGAUGUAACAUUACCAGCAACCCACUCGUACCUGGGACCGAAUUUGGAGGAAUUGAGAGGGAGAACAAUACUGGAUGAUGGCAUUUAUAUGAAUUUACCACUACUGAUAAAGCAAACCGUGCUAUUUCCUGGACAAACUUUGCCAAUGACAAUCUUCAACCUGCAUAUUGUUGACAUUCUGAAAAACUGCAUAAAAAAUGAUCGUACUUUUGGUUGUGUAUGUUAUGGUAAUCCUGUCAUACAGAUAGGAACAACUGCUGAGAUAUACGAGUACAGAGAGGGAACUGGGAGAAAUGGUUUUCAUUUGAAAGCCAAGGGCAGACAACGGUUCAAAAUACUACGUAUUGUUUCACCGGAACAUCAUAAAAUUUCGGCCAAUGUUAAAGUGUUACCAGAGAUAACACUUGGGCCACCAUUCUGGGACCAACGCUUGGCCUCAUUAGAUCGUUUGAGAGUUCAUCCUGAUUUGGAGGAGAACAUAAAAAAGCAAGAGAGAAUAGAAAAUCUGGAUGCAAUGAUAACUCCUUGGCCAGCUUGGAUCUACAGGCAAUAUGAUCCUGCAAGACUUUCCACGAAGAUACGUCAUCAUUUGCAGUUUCUUGAAAUUAGAGGAGGUAACGUACCUAAAGAUCCUGUCGGUUUGUCUUUCUGGGUCGCAGAGAAUAUUCUGAUAGAUCACGACGAAAGACUUGAAUUACUACGUCACGAUUGUGCUAUUACUCGUUUGCAACGAGAAUUAAAGUAUCUCUUAGAGGAUAAGAUCUACGUGUGCAUUCAAUGCGAGACUUUCAUCGGUAGGCAGUCACAUAUGUUCCCAAUGAACAGAGAAGGCCCGCAGGGUACUUACGUUAAUCCUGAGGGUAUUAUACACGAAACUAUAACCUUUUAUCAUGUUCAAGGAGUGGCGCUUAGUGGCUCUUCACCUUCGACUAAUUACAGUUGGUUCCCAGGUUAUGCCUGGACAGUAGCGCUUUGCAAACGUUGCCGUCGUCACGUCGGUUGGAAGUUCACCGCGACAAAUAGCGAUUUAAGACCAAAAGUUUUCUGGGGCGUGACACGCGGAAGUUUGAAAGACAAGGACUUGAAAUUGAAGAAGCAGGAAUAAAGAUGAUCCAUGUACAAAUAAUCUAUAUAGACAAGGAUAGCUGUUAUAUUAUCAGUAGUCGUAUAAGUUACAAUACAGAAGAUUUGUUUAUGUUCAAGCUGUCAGUUAAUGCUAUUGCAGAUUGAGAUUGACUCUAACUCCAUUAUUAAUUGUUUUAUUAUAAAAUCUUUUUUAAUGCAGACUACAAAACUAAAAGAUAACGUAUUUUGAUUGUCAUUUUUAUACUAAUUGUUUUGUCGAUAUGUAUAAUAGAAUUGGUUAACAUACAAUAUCUGUUGAAAGUGUU